UUUAUUCUCAGUAAGGGGCAGUUGCCUGUACGAGAUCGAGUGGAGCGCGAGUGGAUUUCUUUUUGCCUGAUUUCUUUUUUGUUUCUUUCGGACCGUCAUUCAGUGCCUGGAUGGCGUGGGACAGGUGUAACCAAGACUCGGUCUGGAGAGAAUUAGAGUGUGCUGCUUUGGUUGGCGAAGACCAACCCCUCUGCCCGGACCUCCCCGAACUUGACCUCUCAGAGCUUGAUGUCAGCGACCUGGAUGCAGAUAGCUUCCUGGGCGGGCUCAAGUGGUACAGUGACCAAUCAGAGAUAAUUUCCAGUCAAUAUGGCAACGAGGCUUCUAACUUGUUUGAGAAGAUAGAUGAGGAAAAUGAGGCCAACUUGCUGGCAGUGCUUACAGAAACCCUGGACAGCAUCCCAGUGGACGAGGACGGAUUGCCUUCGUUCGAGGCCCUGGCAGAUGGGGACGUGACCAAUGCCAGUGACCAGAGCUGUCCCUCCACCCCUGACGGCUCGCCGCGCACCCCCGAACCAGAGGAACCCUCCCUGCUGAAGAAGCUCCUUCUGGCGCCCGCGAACUCCCAGCUCAGCUAUAAUCAAUACAUAGGUGACAAGGCACAAAACCAUGCAACCAGCAACCACCGGAUCAGACCACCACCUGCUGUUGUCAAGACGGAGAUCUCCUGGAACAGCAAGCCGAGGGGGGGCUGUCCGCAGCAGAGCCGUCUAGUGAGGCGCCCGUGCACCGAGCUGCUCAAGUACUUGACCGCCACCGACGACAUCCUCCUCCAGACCAAAGCCAGCGAAGCCAAGAGCGCCUGGGGGGGAGGCGGCAAAGACAAGGGCGGCCUGCUGGGCGCCUCGUCCUCCUCCUCCUCACCGUCCUCCACCACUUCCUUCUCCUCCCUCUCCUCCUCCUCCUCCUCGAUCGCCUCCAAGAAGAAGUCGUCCUCGUCGUCUGUCGUGUCACAGCAGCAGCAGCAGCAGCCACAUCACCAGCGAGGUGAGAGCCGGGCUGCUGGCGAGUGUAGUGUGGCUGGUGUGGGGGCUGGGAAGUGGCGUCGCUGCGCUCAUGGGGCUGGUGGCACUGAGGGACAGUCCGAACCCGCGGCGGCACCCGCUCGUGUCCCCCAGGCACGUAGGAACGACAGCGCCCAUGCCUGCCCCAAACUGGAGCGCAGGCCGUCCAGUGAAGAAGGAAGGCCGCCAGGUCUGCAGCCUGCGGUGGACGCGGGGCGCCUGGCAGCCGCUAGGUUCAUUAGGUACAUGCAUUCUUAUUCUCUCCCUCCUAGAGAGACGGGUCAGACAGGCAGCUGUGGGCGUUGCCAUAAGCCGGGCGCUGCCACUCGGGCAAUUGAGUGCUGGGGCAGGCAUGACCGCGGUGGGGCGGCGCCUAGGCACAUCGCAGUGACCGUUAAGAAAAGAGAGGAGGAGCCAGGGCAUCCGUUGCUUAGCCAGCUGCUGACCUCCAAGCAGAGGCCCGCCCGCUAUCAGGCCCACUUGCUCCCGCCCACUACUACCCCUCAGCCUUGCAAGAGCCGUUCUUCAAGAAUGAGCUCUGGAGUCCUGGAGAGGGAUCAGUGUCCCAGCCAGGCUAUUGUGGUGGAGGAGAAGGAGCACAGAGGGACUGUCAAUAUCGAUCCCUGCAGAUGGGGUCUCAGACAGGCCAAGGAGCCUGAUUCGGACCCCCUGUUGGCCGAGAGCUUAGGCCUAGGCAGCUGGGUUAGCCAGCCAGACCAGGGGCUAGAUUUGGGGCUGGGACUGGGCUGGCUAGAGGUUGGCCUGGUGGAGCAGGCUGACUGUUUCGGGGUGGAUGUUCGCGAUGAUGAUGCCAUAGGCAGCCCCAUGGCGCUUUCAUGGGGCCUGCCAAGCCCAUUCUUCCCAGAUUCUAGAAAUCCAGACCCCACUCCCUCCGUCACACAGCAGCACCUACACAUGCAGGCAGUCUGCAGGCACCCCGAGGACCAGAGCCUCCCGUUGUUAGCCAAACCAACCACCCUGCCACUUCCUUUGACCCCAGAGUCUCCAAAUGACCACAAGGGAUCCCCGUUUGAGAACAAAACCAUUGAACGCACAUUGAGUGUGGAGAUCUCUGGAACCCCAGGUUUGACACCACCUACCACGCCCCCCCACAAAGUCAGUCAAGAGAACCCUUUCAAAGCAUCGAUCAAAACCAAGUUGUCUUCAUGCUCCCCAUCUGCCCUGGCGUGCAAGAGGGCUCGGCUGAGCGAGGCGCAACCCUGCAGGCCCCUAGCCCCAACCUCGGUCCCAGGCAGGAAGGGCCCAGAGCAGACUGAGCUGUACGCCCAGCUAAGCAAAGCGUCCACUGCCCUCCCCACCUCUGUGGUUGCUGCGACGACAGGGGGCUGCAAGGAGGAGCGCUGCUGCGGCAACAACAAGCGGAGUGUCCAGCCUCGCUGCUACGGUGACCACGACUAUUGUCAGUCCACGGCGACCAGCACAAAACAGGACCCUGCCGCCGGCGCUAACACUAAUGCGGCUAACGCUACCGUUACCAUGACGACUACUACGACAACCCCUCUGAAGCCCAAUCCGGGUGUGGCGGAGGACAGGCAUGUGGAAUGUAAGGACUCAGCCAUGCCACCCUCCUCCUCCUCUUCAUCCUCUACUUCUCCUCCUUCAUCUUCAUCAUCUUUGGCCAAGCAGCUGCAGCAGCAGCAGAGCUCUUCCCCUGUGGGUAAGGAGGCUCGGGGGCAGGACCGGACCCCCAUCACCCAGGACAAACCACACCCACCACAGACCCCAGAAGGGGACCAGCACUCUGCCAGCAGGAAGCAGCCCCUGCGAGACCAGGAUAUCCGGGCGGAGCUCAACAAGCACUUUGGCCGCCCCCAGCAAGCCAUCUAUAGCCAGGGUGAGAAGGGGGAGGAGGUGGUGGUGGAGGAGGGGAGACGGGGAGGAGGGGAGAUGGCCGGAGCCCUGCAGACCCCCAAAGAGAGCCCUGCUGGGUACGAGAACUACCCCAAGCUCCCUAGUUCUGGGUCUGGUUCUACUGGGUACCUGCACCCGGGCCUCUCUCCCUUCCACGAGGAGCUGGAGGGUCAAGGCGUCGAGGGGCACUUCCUCUACCCCUGGGAGGGCAUCCCUUUGGACCUGCUUUUCGAGUCCUGCUCGCCGUCCUGCUCGCUGUCCAGCUGCUCCCCCUCGCGGGGCUCCGUCUCGCCCCCCUCCUCCCUCCUCCUCUCCCCCAGACACUUCCACUGGCCCCACUCGGGCUCCCCCUCCUCCCGCUCUCACUCCCGGUCCCGGUCCCGCAGUUCCUCCUCCCACCAACGGAGGCGCUCCCUCUCCAGCUCGCCUGACGGACGCCCCUCCUCCAGGUCUCGCCACAACAUGGACUCCAGCACUUUGCGGUCCAGGACCCACAAAGGCCCUCACUCACAGUCCAGAUCCCCCCUCAGUCGCAGGCCACGGUACGACAGCUACGAGGAAUACCAGCACGAGUGUCUGAAGCGCGAGGAGUAUCGCCAGGACUACCAGAAGAGGGAGUUUGAGAGGGCUGAGCAGAGGGAGAGGCAAAGGGAAAAAGCAAUAGAGGAGAGACGGGUGGUGUACGUGGGGAGACUGAGGUCCGACAGCACGCGGACCGAGCUGAAGCGGCGCUUUGAAGUCUUCGGCGAGAUCGAAGAGUGUGCCGUGAACCUGAGAGAUGACGGGGACAAUUUUGGCUUCAUCACCUACCGCUACACCUGUGACGCCGUCGCUGCCCUUGAAAACGGACACACCUUGCGCCGGUCAAACGAGCCCCAGUUCGAGCUGUGCUUCGGUGGACAAAAGCAGUUCUGCAAAUCGAAUUAUACAGACUUGGACUCCCAUUCUGACGACUUUGAUCCAGCCUCCACUAAAAGCAAGUACGACUCCAUGGAUUUCGACAGCUUGCUGAAAGAGGCCCAGUGCAGCCUGAGAAGGUAACAGUUGCCCUGUCACCUGCUGUCUACAAAGAGGGAUGUCUUGAUACCUCACUAAUGUUUCUGUCCGUCGACUACGAGACUUCCAGAAGUUUUACACUCUAUGUAAGAGAGUAUAUAAAGAUGAAUCUCUAUAUAUAGACCUAUAUAUAUAUAUAAAGUAUAUUAACAACAACGUUUACAUGAACAUAGCUUCUGAAGAAGCUGGGAAGAGACAGUACCGGGAGAGCCAGUGAAUCCUCAUAGCCUGUGUACAGAUGUGUGCUGUGCUGUUGUACAACGGUCAGUGAAAGACAAAGACGUUGAGGAGAUUUUUCUCUCCAAGCACUACAAACACCCAACGAAUGCUUUGAGUGGUGAAAAUGUGCAGGUUGUUCAGGCUUUUUCUUUUCUUUUUUUUUGUGCCUGAUUUUCUUUUCUUUUUUAAAAAUCUGGUGUUUGGAUGUGGUGUUACACUAUUAACGAGAGAUAACAAUGCUGUCUACAUUUUCGGACAAAAAUGUAGCCCUGUAUUUACAGAUAUGAUCAAAAUAUGUUGUAUUUUUUUGUGUACAUAUCAGACAAAGUUCUUUAUUUGUUACAGCUAUGCACUGUAAAAUGCAGCCUUUUGAUGAAGAAAUUUUCUUAAUUAAGAAUGUCGAUCUGUAGUUAUUACAAUGAUGUAAAACAUAUUGUACACCUACAUGAAGUUUAGAAGACAUGACAUGAUUGUAAAAAUGUGUUGGAGGCUCAUUUCGAGGGAGCAUGUCAACAAAUCUCCUUUUUUGACAUUUAUUUUGUUGGGAUAAAAAGUUAACCAUUUAUAGUUUUAUGUUUAAAGUUUCUCAGUGUUUUUCCUUAGACAACUAGUCUAAAAUGCAUUUCUAACGUGUUUUUUCAUGAUUGUAAAAAAACAAACCCCAUUAUUUUUAUGAAUUAUUUCUGAAACAAUCAGUAUGUAUCAACUCAUUUUGAUUUCAAUGAUUUCUAUGGUUCUUGUUUUGAUAAAUUUUACCCUCUUUGAGGAAAGACUACUACUAUGUUUAAUCUGUUCAAACAGGAUAAACCAUGCAUAUUUAUCUAUUUAUUUUCAUAUUUGAAUCAAAAAUAUUUAUGGUUCCCAUGUCACAUGGUGUACCUCACACAUUUUAUCUAUUCAUAUUGUUAUUAGAUUUUUGUUAUUUAAUUUACAAUCAGUGGUAAGAUGAACAAUAAAUAACAGUUUUGUGGGAAUAUUUCUUUCUAUGCCUUUCAGAAACAAUCAACAUAUUCUUAAUAAUCUUCUCGAACAGUGGGAUGAGAUAUGCUGCUCAUUGUCCAAGUGAUUUCUGUCUCCACAACAGUGGUUUGCAGCCAUGACAAAAUGUCUACCACGUUAUUUUCCUUUAUACACCGUAGAACAUGAAGCAAUAAAAUGAUUUUGCAGGUAUUUUGUUGUACCACACUGUAAAAAUCUGAUUUGUUUCUCCACACACGCUUGAUUAUGUGAAUGCCAAACAAAAGUUUACAAUUUUCUUUCCAGAAUUUUUUUUAAAUCUUGUAUUUGAUGUUCAAAAUAUAUAUAUACAUGCUGAUAAUAUUUACAUUAUUCACAGUAAUUACAAAAAUAAUGAAUAAUAAUAUAAAUGAAAGAAAAAGUAUUUAAAAAAGCAAUAAAUUAUUUUUCAAAGUUGUACUUUAGCUUAUAUUGUUGUGUGGUUUUAGAUCCGACCCAUUACCCAAUCGCUGGCUACAUACGGGGAUUCCAUUCCAUUCUUAGCACGGUCACAUGACUCUUAUCACCCAACAGAGAACACUUACAGUAUGUUCUAGUCAGUCAACACUCAUGUUUGCACAUUUAGUGUGAGUUUGGGUCUGUGUGUUUCUGUAGACACCUUGUGGCAACUGUACAAAUGUAAACGAAUGCAACGGAAAACACAGUGUUAAAACUGUAGUGUUCAGCAACAAGCAUCCUAGCACCAAAACAUUUGUCUGUGUAGCGCAUGUCCAUUCAAUGACAGCCGAUAAAGCACAAACUACUUAGGCUAUCAGGCUCUCCUGUCUGAAUGGCACUACGUGAAUGACAUCCUAUAAGCCUCGAGAAACUACUCAAUACUGCAUGCUACUGCACCAUUUUCCAUUAGGCGCUGCUGCCACACAGUCCAGAUAUCACAGCACCUUCCACGUGACAUUAAAGGUAACCUUGUGCUUUCUGGUUGAAUUAAUAUCCUGUUUAUAGUCAGAGCCAAGUAACGAGAAAAAACUGGCUCCAUCACGAGACGUAGGACGUUUGUUUUGUAUGAAAGCUUCACUGAUCACAGGCUACCUUUCAUUAAGAUUGACUGUGUAGAUGAAAACAAGCUAAUUCUCCUGAUGCAAAGAGGCAAAAAUCAGUGGGGGAAAUACUUCCCCCUUCACCUGUAUUUCAACAUCUUUUUUUGAUUUUCUGUACAGCGCAUGGGUAAUGGCGUCGCGUCCCAUUUGAUAGAUGUGGCUUUAAUCAUUGUAAUAAAAUAAAAAAUUCGCUUUGUAAAUCGCCUAGAGUAGCAAUAUAUUAUAACACCUUAUGGUUCUCAAAAUGUCACCUGUGGCAGACUCUUUAAUAAUGUGAACUACUGAGGAAUUCGCCACUGCUUAAACGUUUGUUGGGUGAUCAUGUUUCUUUUGGAAGGACAAUAAUGUUUGCGAGUGUGAGCGUGUGUGUGUCUGUUUAUAGGCAGAUAGUGUAUGUGUGUGUGUUGGGGGGGUUGCUUUGGGUUGUUACCUGUUUGUGUCCUAUCCACGUUGCCUUCUGCCGAGUCCUUAUCGAUGCCUUUUGUGGUUCCUAUUGUAUGACUUUCUUGUGAAUUUUAUUUUUAUGUGCAAUUCUCAUCAGCCUCAACAUGUCAAUAAAGGGAAAUGUGUUUGAAAGAAACUCA